UGGGUGAGUGAGUGAGUGGGUUAGUGAGUGAGUGGGUGAGUUAGUGAGUGGGUGAGUUAGUGAGUGAGUUAGUGGGUUAGUGAGUGAGUUAGUGAGUGGGGGAGGGAGUUUCGGUGGAGGCCGAGGAUUUGCCGUCGUCAUUGGCAUCCGAAGGCAGCGGCAAUGGGAGAAAGCGAGAGAAUGAGAAAGCUACGCUUGCCAGACGGGGAGCUCUCGAUGCUCUCGAAGAGACUGCCAGUGCGGGUUCGACAACGACGACGGACCAGCCGGAGCCGGGGCUAACGCCGUCCACUUCCGUCUGGCCCCACCCUCUAUUAUUAUUACAAUUACAAUUAUUCAUCCGAAGUCGUUAAUACACGCGACUGUUCGUUCCUUUAAUUUUUCGUUUCAAUAUUUCCUUUAUCGUUCGUUGACUAGUUCGUUCGUCCGGAAUGGUCGUCGUCGUCGUGUGCAACUCCCCGCCCCUGUCUCUCGCUGCUGUCGAUUCGAGUGGGGAUCCUUGAAGUGGCAGGUCCACAGCCUUCGGACGAGUUGCUUGGAACCAUCGCCCGCGUCUCGCACUCUCGCGGCUACAGGGGAGGGAGGGAUGGAAAGUCAGUAGUAUUAAAGACGGGGCCUAGGGUGCAGGUAGUUGUGGAGGGCAGGGGGAGGAAGGCAGGAAGGAAGAAAGAAAUUGCAUUACACAGCUUCAGUGUGGGAAGAGAGAAAGCGAGAGAGAGAGAGAGGUAGUUGAGAGGUGGUUCGUUUCUGCUCUCACUUGCACGGCGGUUGUUUCUGGUUUCUGGUAUUUUUGUUUGUAUAAUUGAUUUGCACUUUUUUUGUUUUGUCAUGAAUUAAUUAAUUUGUACUCGAUCUGGUCUUGUUGGAUGGAAGGAGAUCAUGUCUAGACAGGGACGGAGAUGUUUUAUGUCGUGAGUGUGCGGGUGUUGAGGUGUUUGUUGGCAUUGGUGUGAGGAGGGAAGAGAAGGUAGGGGGGAGGGAAAGGGAAUUGUUGUUUUGAGAAGCGGUAGUUGAGUGACGACGGAUUGUGGAGGCGGUCAUGAUGAAGACUCCGCAAGGGGUCCACAGUGAGGCAGUUCAUGGUGAGAAGCAUGAGUAUGCGGAGAUGCGGAAGCCGGUUGCCAAGCUGCGGAAGGCGCUCGCGUCUGACGCACUCCCAUUGCCCGUGGGAUUGACGAACAAGAUAUCCAUCGUGCUGUUUUUUAUAGCGUCGUAUUUUCUGAUGCGGUCGUGGCGGGACAAGAUCCGUAACUCGACGCCCCUACACAUGCUGAAUUUGGGAGAGAUCGUUGUGCUUCUAAUCCAGCUUGCGUCGUUUAUUUAUCUCUUAGGAUUUUUCGGAAUAGACUAUGUACAGAACUUUAUUAGUAAGAGCAAUGAUGGAUCUUGGGAUUCAGAUGAUGAGAGAGAGCACCUUAGACAUCUUAGACCAAGCUGUCAGAUGCAGCCUGAAGCUCCGAAGCCUCCUGUGCAGCUAAUGGGCAUGGGUUUAAGUGACAAUGAGGAUGAAGAAAUUGCCCGCGCGGUUAGCAAUGGCGAUGUUCCUUCUUACUCAUUGGAGACGCAGCUAGGGGACACUCUGAGAGCCGCUGCCAUUCGACGUAGGGCAGUAGAACUAAACACGGGGAGGUCUCUCGAAGGCCUGCCAUUGACCGGACUUGAUUACAGCUCCAUUAUAGGACAAUGCUGCGAGAUGGUUGUAGGCUACGUGCAAAUUCCGUUGGGAGUUGCUGGCCCCCUUCUGCUGAAUGGCGUUGAGUUCACAGUUCCGAUGGCCACUACCGAAGGAUGUCUAGUGGCCAGCACUAAUCGCGGUUGCAAAGCUAUCUACCAGUCUGGUGGUGCUACGAGCAAAUUGCUGGAGGAUGGGAUGACAAGGGCACCUGUGGUCAGGUUUCCAAGUGUGAAACGAUGUGCCGAUCUAAAGUUCUUCCUGGAAGAUCCCAACAACUUCGAUACCAUCUCUCAUAUGUUCAACAGGACUAGUCGUUUCGCUAGGCUGAAAAAACUCAAAUGUCAGUUGGCUGGACGAAAUGUGUAUAUUCGUUUCACGGCAACAACUGGCGAUGCAAUGGGAAUGAACAUGAUAUCCAAGGGCGUUCAGAAUGUUUUGGAUUAUCUUCAGGAUGUGUACCCUGAUAUGGAGACCAUAAGCGUGUCUGGUAAUUUUUGUGCAGACAAGAAGCCGACAGCUGUAAAUUGGGUUGAUGGCCGCGGAAAAUCAGUCGUUUGUGAAGCAAUCCUGAAAGGAGAAGUUAUUGCCAAAGUCUUGAAAACUUCAGUUCCUGCCUUGGUGGAACUGAAUAUGAUUAAGAAUCUAGCUGGUUCUGCUUUGGCUGGAGCGGUAGGAGGCUUCAACGCACAUGCAUCCAACAUAGUGUCUGCUGUCUUCAUUGCGACAGGGCAAGAUCCUGCUCAAAAUGUUGAGAGUUCACAGUGCAUCACCAUGAUGGAGGCAGUGAAUGAUGGUCAAGACUUGCAUGUUUCUGUCACUAUGCCUUCCAUUGAGGUGGGAACUGUUGGUGGUGGCACGAUCUUGGCCUCACAAACAGCGUGUUUAAACGUGCUUGGAGUGAAGGGAGCGAAUGCAGAGUAUCCAGGAGCAAAUGCGCAGACACUUGCUAGAGUAGUGGCAGGUACAGUGCUGGCUGGUGAGAUCUCUCUCAUGGCUGCUUUGGCUGCAGGGCAACUUGUAAAGAGCCACAUGAAAUACAACCGUUCCAAUCAGAACAUCGCUGCUGCCGCAAAUGCCGCUCUGCCCCCGCUGCCAAAAAAGUCUUCUUCAACCUGAAAAGAGUCUGAAAGAAUACGACAUAGGUGGAAGUGCUAUGGUAACAGAUUGAAAGCAACAAUUGGAGAUGUAGACUUCAAUAUCCAAGUUUUUGAGGCCCCAUUGUUAGCUUCCCAGGCUGAACAGCUGGCGUUGUACACUAUUAUUUUGACGAACCUCCGCUUCUGGAACCUACUAUCAUGCUUGAUUGUUCCCAAAUUAGGGAUCUUUUUCUGAUUUAUAACUGCAUAACUGCAUCCUCAAAUUUUUGGCACUUUUCGUUUCACAAGUUACUGAAAAUCUAUGCCCAUUAUUAUACAGCGUUUGACAAACUUAGCUCUCAGCUCUACUUCGUAGUGUACAGUGGGGUACAGAAAUAAUUCGAAUUUUUUUCCAAAGUGAAUCAGUGUUAGAAAUCACUGAACUUCAAAAAGCU